CUAUGUUGUCUCUGUGGGACAAGCAUUCUUCCGAACCCGUCCAACAUGUGUGUCAACUGCAUCCGCUCGCAAGUGGACAUCACGGAGGGGAUACAGAAACAGGUUACAGUGCUCUGGUGCAAGGAAUGUGGUCGAUAUCUGCAACCUCCGAAGCAUUGGGUCUCGGCUGAGCUGGAGAGCAAGGAGCUUCUAACGUUCUGCAUUAAAAAGAUUAAAGGACUACAAAAGGUCAAACUUGUGGACGCGGGGUUCGUCUGGACGGAGCCGCACAGCAAGAGAUUAAAAGUCAAAUUGACAAUUCAGGCGGAGGUGUUCAACGGCGCUAUCCUACAGCAAACCUUCGUGGUGGACUAUGUGGUGGAGAACAACAUGUGUCCGGACUGCAAUCGACAGAACGCGAACCCCAAUAGCUGGGUGGCGUGCGUCCAGCUCCGUCAACACGUCUUCCACAAGCGCACCUUUCUGUUCUUGGAGCAGCUCAUCCUCAAACACGACGCUGCGGCGAACUGUGUCAAGAUCAAGGACAUCCACGAGGGCAUCGACUUUUUCUACUCACAACGCGGACAUGCGCUGAAGUUCAUCGACUUUCUUCAAAGCGUCGUCCCCAUUCGUUUCCGAGCCGACAAACAGCUGGUGUCGCACGACACACAUAACAACACGUACAACUACAAGUUCACGUUUUCAGUGGAGAUUGUACCGCUGUGCAAGGAUGAUUUGGCGUGUCUCCCGGCUAAAAUGGCGGCCUCGUGCGGGAACCUAGGGCCCCUGGUGCUGGUCAGCCGCAUCACCAACCAGAUCACUAUCACCGACCCCCUCACGCUGCGGAACUACUCCAUGGACGCGCCUGUGUAUUACCGGCAUCCCUUUACGGCACUGGCGUCGCAGCGGGCCUUGGUGCCGUACAUUGUGCUGGACAUUGAGCCGCUCCCGGUUCCCCAAGGCAACAGCAACUCCAGGUACCUGCUGUCCGAGGCUCAGGUGGCAAGGAUGAGUGACUUUGGCCGCAACGACACCGUCUUCCACACGCGGACACAUCUGGGCAAUAUCUUGCACCCCGGAGACACCGUACUUGGGUACGACAUGACGGCAUCGCAGCUCGUGGGCCUGGACUACGAGGCUUACGUUAACAAGGGCGGGAGAGUACCGGACGUCGUACUGGUUCGCAAGAGUUAUGAGGAGAAGAGGCGCAAGCGGCAUGCCAAGGGUGGGGCUGCUGCUGCCCGGCCCUGGAAGCUCAAGACGCUGGAGAUGGAGGUGGACGAGGCGGCUGGCGGACCGCGGGGCCGUAACGAGGCGGCGGCGGUGAGAGAGAGAGAGAGAGGGGGGGAGAGAGCGCUGCUACUGCGGCUUGAUGCGGACCGGGAGCGCUUCCUUGUCGAGUUGGAGGAAGAUCCGGACAUGCGCGCCCGUAUCAACAUCUACAAGGACGCCGAGCGAUUGGCACUGCUGCAGCAGCAGCAGCCAGUGGUCGGGCAGCACCGGCAACAGCCGGCGAGAGCGGCGCCCGCCGGUCUCUUGGAGGGCGAGUCCGAUGAGGAGGAUGACGACGACUUGCCGCUGGUAAGGGGGGUGCAGGCGGGGGGGGAAGGGAGAAAGGAGGCUUUGGCGGUUUCCGCUGUUGUUGCGGUGGAACGUGCACUUGGUUGGUUGUGUAUUUUUGUUAUUACGCUUGUUACAAGUUGGAUAAAAGCUGUGUUAUCGUUGUAA